AUGCAUAUUACAGCGCUUCUGGCGUUCCUCGCCUUCCUCUUCGCCCUCGCCAGCGCUGACAACGAUCAUGACGCGGAUGACUUCUGCAUUGCAGCAUGUCAGAAAGUCAAGGGUGGCUCUAUGACAAUCUCCAGUCCUACAUGCCCUGGAGUGACCGGUAAUUACUGUUACAACAACUGCGAGUGGUAA